AUGGACAAAUCACACCCAUUGAGUAGUCCAAUGAUGGUUAGAUCACUUGAUGUGAAAAAGGAUCCCUUCCGACCUAGAGAAGAACAUGAAGAGCUCCUUGGUCCUGAAGUGCCAUAUCUUAGUGCAAUAAGAGCCUUAAUUUAUCUUGCUAACUGCACAAGACCUGAUAUAGCAUUUUCUGUAAAUUUGUUAGCAAGAUAUAACUCUGCUCCAACAUGUAGACAUUGGAAAGGGAUUAUGCAUAUACUGUGCUAUCUUCAGGGUACUAUUGAUAAAGGGUUAUUCUAUUCAAAUAAAUGUGGGUCACAACUAGUUGGUUAUGCAGAUGCAGGAUAUUUAUCUGAUCCACAUAAAGCUAGAUCUCAAAUAAGUUAUUUGUUCACAUGCGGUGACACUGCAAUAUCUUGGCGUUCAACAAAGUAA